AUGUCAACCGAGGACAUGUCCUUAGUAUCUCCACAAAAUGGCAUAAAUUCACAACUCCUCUUCCAAGACGAUCCAUUACGUUUCAAUUGCACUGGACCACCUCCUCAGCAACAGCAGCAGCAACAGCAACAACGCCGAGUCGGGGAUCCCAAAACUCGAGAACUCACCGGUUUUAUCGACGACAACAAGCUAUUCUCUUCCACUGCCACUUCCACCGCCGGCUCCGACCGUUACUUUCCCUCUCACAACCACCACCACAACCAGGAUUUCCCAAGGAGUAUUUAUCAGAGGGAACCGCAAGGAACGAGUGGAGAUGAUACCGACGGAGAGGAUGAUGAAGAUGAUGAAGAGGACGAUGAUGAGGAUGUUGAUGACGUCGACGGUGGUGAUGGUGAUGGUGAUCACGAGAAUGGAGUUGAUGUGCUUGUUGCUGCUAUUGAUUGUAACAGCAAAAGCACUAACUGUAACAAUAAUAACUGUACUGGAACUAUUAAUAAUGCUAAUAAUAGUGUUAAUUUGGAUAAAAUUGGAAAUGGAAAUGCAAAGCCCAAGCAUCUUUCUUCUUCUUUUGGGAUUAGUGGGGAAGUGAUGAAAGAUGGAAUUAGUGGUGGUGGAGGUGGUAUGGGGCAGACAGGGAAUAAUGCGGUGACAAUAGCGGAAGCCGAUGGGGAGAUGUAUUAUUCACAGUAUUUGCAGGGAACAGAGGGGUCUGGUGGUGGUAGUGGAAAGGAUAUGAGUGUGGAGAAUGGUUGCGGAUUUAGUGGAAGGAAGGAGGUUUCAUCGUUUUUAAGUGAGUCUGGAGAGUCUUUGAGGGCUAUUUUAUCAGACCCUGUUACGGGAGCUUUAAUGGAUGAUGCAAUGAUAUUGCCUUGUGGGCAUUCCUUUGGAGGUGGUGGAAUGCAGCAGGUUAUCAGAAUGAAAGUUUGCUACAGUUGUUCUCAGUCAAUUUCUGACGACUCAAUAGCUCCCAACCUCUCUCUCAGAGCUGCCGUGCAGGCAUUUCGCCGGGAAGAGGAGUUACAAUUUUAUCGCUCAUCUAAAAGGAGGAGAGAGAGGUUUGAUCAGGAAAAAGGUGGUUAUGGUGAUUCAGCGGUCAUGGAUCCACCAAGGGGUAGAGGUGUACAGUUCCCAUUUGCUGUGACAGACCGGGUUAUUAUAAAGGGAAACAAAAGGACUCCUCAGCGGUUUGUUGGACGGGAGGCUGUUGUGACAACACAAUGCUUAAAUGGAUGGUUGGUCACUUUCUUGCUUUUCUUACUAUCAAUUUUUGCAUAUUGUAAGGUUUGGUACAUUGCCCAAGCCGAUUCUAUAGUCAUUUACAGGUAUGUUGUGAAGACAUUGGACAAUGCAGAGAGUGUAAAAUUGCAGUAUCGGUCGCUAGCCAAGGUUUCAGAUGAUCCAUCUUCAAAAACAACGUCAACUAAGGUGAUGGAAAGGAAAUGCGGUCAAAAAGUUACUGAGCAUAAAGAUAUUUCCAGGUGCUUGCAAGCAAAG